AGAAUGAGCCAAGAUCGUGCAGCUUUAGUUAUUGACAAUGGAUCUUUACUGUGCAAGGCAGGAUUCGCAGGGGAUGACGCCCCGAGAGUCGUGUUUCCCGCCUUUGUAGGACGCCCAAAACAUCAGUUUCAGAGCAUGAUACCUAAUAGGAAUCUAAAGGACAGUUAUGUUGGAUACGAGGCUACGAAAAAGAGAGGUUUUCUCAACUUUAAGUAUCCCAUCGAACAGGGCAUUGUCACAAAUUGGGACGAUAUGGAAAUGGUAUGGCGCCACACAUUCGAUAAUGAACUUCAUGUGGCAACAGAAGAACACCCUGUUCUUUUAACUGAGGCACCGCUCAAUCCCAAAGCUAAUAGAGAAAAGAUGACACAGAUUAUGUUCGAAAGCUUCAGAUUUCCAGCCAUGUACGUAGCUGUCCAGGCCGUACUUUCUUUAUUUCACUCUCGUCUUACAACAGGUACUGUUCUCGACUCAGGAGACGGUGUUACUCACGCAGUGCCUAUUUAUGAGGGAAAUGCUCUUUCUCAUGGAAUCAUUAAAUUGAAUCUUGCUGGCAGUGACCUUACCAAUUAUCUCUCGAAAAUUCUGGAAGACCGUGGUCAUUCUCUUACGACGUCGAAUGAAAGGGAAAUUGUGAGAGACAUUAAAGAAAAACUAUGCUAUGUUGCUCUUGACUUCAAACAGGAGAUGACAGCAGCUUUGUCCUCGUCAUCCAUAGAAAAAUCUUAUCAGUUACCCGAUGACACGGUAAUAUCUAUUGGGAAGGAAAGAUUCCUUUGCCCAGAAGCCAUGUUCCAACCUUCUUUAAUUGGAAAGGAAGCUGAUGGCAUACAUGAAACAACAUUCAAUAGCAUUAUGAAAUGUGAUGUUGAUAUUCGCAAGGAUUUGUCAGCAAGUAUUGUAAUGUCUGGAGGCUCCACCAUGUUCCCAGGAAUUGCAGACCGUAUGCAGAAAGAAAUUUCAUCUUUAGCUCCACUAGCAACGAAUAUUGAGAUCAUCGCGCCACCUGAAAGGAAAUACGCCGCCUGGACUGGUGGAUCGAUCCUCGCUUCCCUUUCAAACUUCCGUGAGAUGUCGAUCAGCAAGCAAGAAUAUGAAGAAUCUGGUCCUUCUAUUGUACAUAAAAAGUGUUUCUAA